AUGCAUACUCAAGACUGGGCUGACCUGGUUUCACACAGUCUUCUCUUUGUGUUGCCCUCACUGCAUCCACACAACUCCUCCACAGAACUGGUUUUGGAGUGCCAGUCCAAACUGCCAGAAUGCUGUUUAGAAUCUCCAUGAUCUCAGCUCUUCUUGUAUGCUUCCUGCUGUUUGGUUUUGCUCUUGAACGUGAAAAGCAAAGUGAUGGAAGGGUGAAGAAGGAUAAGGAGAAGAAUGUCAGAGAUGUUGUUGAGGUCAAAAGGGAUCCAAAAGUGGGAAACAACAAGAAAGGAAAGAAGCUGACCCAAAACAGAAACGUCAAAGGCAAAGAGACAGGAAGAAGUCCAAAAAGUGACAAGGAGCCUUGGAACGACACUGUCUGCUCCAGCAUCGGUGGCAUCUGCCAAAACAGUUCCUACGUCUGUCAGGGGAGGUACCUGAAGGACAAGUGUGCUGUACCUAAGACACACCAGUGCUGUAUGCCAGCCGGGGCUUGGAGCGUCCUGUGUGCUGGUCACCAUAACAACAGAGUGAGGGGUUGUGACGUGUUUGGCUGUGGGGGCUUCAACUCUAGAAGAGACGGUGACAGCCUCCACAAGGCAGUGGAUGUGGUGUGUGACGAUUACAGCAUUGUCAACUCCCCCUUCUCAGGUACCCUGAGGGGGCCAGUGGUCGGUAUCCAGUACGAUGGCGUUAAACUCUCUAACUCCGAGUACUGUGUAAAGAUCUUCAACAUCCGUCCAUACCGCUACAUGGGGCCCAUCUCUCAGGGGGAGGCCCUGGGUUACCUGCUGCCCCUACAGGAGCGCUUCUCUGGCAUCACUUCACACAUGGAGCUUCAGAUGUGUGACCGCUCCGACCCGUCACCAUACAUCUGAAACACUCCUGGCCACAUGUGACAGGCCUCUAUAGAUUGAGGCUGGGGCCACAGAUACUGACGUUUUGUACUUGUAGAUACCGCUCUUAUUAAAACUGAAAUAUACCAGACACACACUUUUUCUGAAACCCAAAUACUGAUUUCCCUAAUAGAUGAUGAAAAAAACCUCUCUCCACCCAUUCACUUUGACCACAUCCCUAGUACAAUAGAUAAACAACAACAAAAUGUAUCUUGGUGUUCGUCUCUAUGGUCCUCCAAUGUGAGUGAAUGGGCCUAGUACAACUGCAAUUCUCCUUUAAACCAUCAGAGGGCAUUAAACAACAAAAUGUUCCUAGAUUCAGUAUUCAUAAUGUACCACAAGAUGAUGCUACAUCUCAACACAAACCUCUGUGUUGAGCUGAAAAUGUAUCACAAAAAUAGCUCAUCCAUGCCAACUUCAAUUAAAGUGUGUGUAGGGCCUACUAUUUGGAAGCACCCGUUAACAAAAAAGAAGGCAAACACAGUGGAUAAACAGUACUCCAACACCCUUAAUUGUGUGUUUUUCAGCUAAUUUUAACAAUUGUGUCUUUCUAAAUGUAUUUGUGUUUUUCCAUAUAUGAAUGUACUGGCUGUUCAAUAAAAAAGGCAAAACAAA